CUCAACUCCACUGCGGGGUCUGGACUCUGGUCCCUAUACAACUAUGAGCUGUACACGAAGUCUCAUCUCCAGCUUCAUUCCCGGUUCUCGCUCGCAUUCUUCAUUCAUCACACUCAGGACAUCGCCAAUCUGUCUCUCGUACCUGCAUACCCAGUCGCGACUCCGCGGCGUCCCAACACUCAGAGCUACCAGCACACCCCGUUUUUCGAGCCAUCUCAGAUCAGCCCGAGCAAUGAGCAGCAUAACAACCGCAAGCUCCCAACCGGUGACAGCUCCCCUAACAAGACAUGCAACCUUCCUCGUCCUAACCGCCACAUCCCCUUCCGCAAUCCCAACCAUCCGCUCUACCCUCGCCGGUAUCUCCAGCCUCGCCAAAAACGUCUCCUUCCGCGAUGUCGACGCCAAAUUCACCUGCACCGUUGGCAUCGGCUCCUCCAUUUGGGACACUCUGACAAACAACCUUCCUCGUCCGAAAGAACUACACCCCUUCCGCGACGUCAAGGGCGCAAACCACACCGCCAUCUCCACACCAGGCGACCUCCUCUUCCACAUCCGCGCUGAGCGCCGCGAUCUAUGCUUCGAGUUCGAGCGCCAGCUCAUGGAUAGCCUAGGUGACGCUGUACACCUUGAAGACGAAACCACGGGGUUCCGAUACUUCGAUGCCCGCGAUCUCCUCGGUUUCGUGGACGGCACCGCCAACCCUGUCGGCCCCGACGUCCCGGCCUCUGUCCUCGUCACCAAUGACGAUGACCCCAGCGCCAGCUCCAGCACCCCAGGUGGCUCCUACGUCGUCGUCCAGAAAUACGUGCACGACCUUCCAGGCUGGAAGAAUCUUGGAUCCGAGCAACAAGAGCAGAUCAUCGGGCGGACAAAGCCCGAUAAUAUCGAACUCGACGACGCAGAGGAUGGAAAACAGGCGUCUCAUAAGACGCUGAGCACGAUUGAAGACGAGGAAGGGAAUGAGCACGAUAUCCUGCGUGAUAAUAUGCCGUUUGGGUCGCCGGCUUCUGGUGAGUACGGGACUUACUUCAUUGGGUAUACAAGGAGAUUGUGGGUUAUUGAGAAGAUGCUAGAACGUAUGUUUGUGGGGCAUCCGCCUGGUUUGCAUGACCGGUUGUUGGACUUUUCAAGGCCGUUGACCGGCUGUGUUUUCUUUGCGCCAUCAGCGGAUAUUUUGGAUGGGCUUGAUGGGUGAAGUUUAUCACAUCAUAAAUAUAUAAAUAUAAUUUUGCUCUGAGCUAACUUGCCAUGCUCUGACUUAAGUAGUUUUUAUUCUCCAAU